UUUCCGGAAAUGUAUACACGAGACGAGCAAAAUAUCUUCUCUUUGUCCACCCAGCUCCCCGCUGAAGCAACAGCUACAGGAACAUCAUGGCGAACGUUGCUGACACUAAACUGUAUGACAUUCUCGGAGUCUCUCCAUCCGCCACGGAAAAUGAAUUGAAGAAGGCAUACCGGAAACUGGCAAAGGAGUAUCACCCUGAUAAGAACCCAAAUGCUGGAGACAAGUUUAAGGAAAUCAGCUUUGCCUAUGAGGUGCUUACUAACCCUGAAAAGAGGGAACUUUAUGAUCGCUGUGGUGAGCAAGGCCUGCGAGAAGGAGGCGGGAGUGGCCCAGGGAUGGACGAUAUUUUCUCCCACAUCUUUGGUGGUGGACUCUUUGGGUUCAUGGGCGGACAGGGUCGCUCCAGGAAUGGAGGGCGGAGGAGAGGGGAAGAUAUGGUCCAUCCACUCAAGGUGUCAUUGGAGGACCUAUACAAUGGAAAAACAACUAAACUACAGCUUAGCAAGAAUGUACUGUGUAGCACCUGUAAUGGACAGGGAGGCAAAACAGGCGCUGUACAAAAAUGUACAGCAUGCAGGGGGCGUGGCAUGCGCAUCAUGAUCAGACAGCUGGCUCCAGGGAUGGUCCAACAGAUGCAGUCGGUGUGUACUGAUUGUAACGGUGAAGGAGAAGUUAUCAGUGAGAAAGAUCGCUGUAAGAAAUGUGAGGGCAAGAAAGUUGUCAAGGAGGUGAAGAUUCUUGAAGUACAUGUGGACAAAGGCAUGAAGCACAGCCAGAAAAUAACCUUUGGAGGGGAAGCUGACCAGGCACCUGGCGUUGAACCGGGGGAUAUAGUCCUUGUCCUACAGGAAAAAGAGCAUGAGACAUUCAGGCGAGAUGGAAAUGACCUCUUCAUGAACCACAAGAUUGGACUGGUGGAGGCACUAUGCGGCUUCCAGUUUCUGCUGAAACAUUUAGAUGGAAGACAAAUCGUUGUUAAGUACCCUGCUGGCAAAGUAAUCGAACCUGGCUCAGUCAGGGUGGUGCGAGGAGAAGGUAUGCCACAGUACCGAAACCCAUUCGAGAAGGGAGAUCUCUAUAUCAAGUUUGACGUUCAGUUCCCUGACAACAACUGGGUUAGCCCAGAGAAACUUGUGGAGCUGGAGGACAUGCUGCCCUCACGGUCAGAGCCACCUCUCAUCACCGGAGAUGCAGAGGAGGUUGACCUGCAGGAAUAUGAUGUCAGCCAGAGCUCAACGACAGGUAGCCGCAGAGAGGCAUACAAUGACAGCUCAGAUGAAGAGGGUGGUCCCCAUGGGCCCGGAGUACAGUGUGCCCACCAGUAAUCUCAAACUCUUUCUCACACACACACACACACACACACACACACACACACACACACACACACAUAUACACACGACUCAUUGUUCUACGUGGAGAGGUAGAAUGUUUGAGUUGAAGUAAACAAGCAGACAUGUCAAGCUAAAAGGCUUGGUAUGUCAUCAGACACAGAUCUAUAUAUAUUCUGUGGAUAACACCUGGAAUAGUUGUUUAAUGUUAUAAACUUGUAUGCUUGAAUCAUUUUGAUCUUUGUCAGAGGAGCUCAUGCUGAGGCAGCCACAAACGUAUUACACAGAACCUGAAACUGAUUAGACACUUAAAUUGCACCUUUCAGGUAGAAACUACCCAGUUUGGGAUUAAUAAAGCAUCUAUCUAUCUAUCUAUCUAUCUAUCUAUCUAUCUAUCUAUCUAUCUAUCUAUCUAUCUAUCUAUCUAUCUAUCUAUCUGUCUAUCUGUCUAUCUAUCUAUCUAUCUAUCUAUCUAUCUAUCUAUCUAUCUAUCUAUCUAUCUAUCUAACUAUCUGUCUAUCUGUCUAUCUGUCAUAUAAAAUAAUAAGAUAUGUCAAAACAAGAGGUUGCCUCAGUGAACACCAUACUAUCUAGACCUAUGAUCUGGUGCUCAAAGUGAAGCCCUGACCCUUUUAAAUCCAGCCCCCUCUACCAAGUGGAACUCCAGGUCAGUCAACAAAAAGAAUUAUUCUUGUUUGCGGAGUGUGUGACAGGCAUUUUGUUUUGAUGGUAUUUACAAUCAUGAAUUUAAGAAUUAGCCAAUGUGCAUACACAGGCAAAGUAGCUGGACAAUGUGACAUGCAGAUCUCCUGUAUUCAUGGACACAUCCACUAAUGUGUCAAAUUUUUCAAGCUUUGUUUUCUUUGUAGGUUGUUACUUAUGUUUCUCUUUCUUAACAUUUUAAUUCAGACAGAAAUUUGGUUAUUGUGUAUAUAAUUGAAGUGGUUGUUGGUAAGCUUAAACAGCUGCUAUAUCCCAAGUGUGCUAUGUGAUUUUUAAAAAAAGAAAAAUAAGGCAAAUGAGAAAAACCUAUCGUCUAUAGUCUCUCUGUUGAGGCCAUGUGCAUGUAAAAAGCUUUGGUUCUCGCACUUCUCAAACGUCAAAGCAGCACACGUGUGAAAUGUCUAUGAAGUUGUGGAAUAAAUUGUUGGAAUACCA